GGCAUUUUGAUCAAUGAUAUGAUAAUGAAUAAGGUUUCGAAUUCGAAAUGAAAUGACCCUAUGGCAAUUGGGCGCACCAUUGUAGGCCACCAAAAACUAAUGAAGUGAAGUGAAUGAAUGUCAUGGUUAUUUGUCUAACGAAGACCAAAGCAUGACGAUGCUCAAAUGUUUGCAAAACAAUAAAACAUGGCCGACGAGGAGACCAAUGGUGAUAUUGGAGGAGAUUCGGAUGAAAUUCAACAAGAAAAGUCACAAAAGAAGAUUGCAAAAUAUGACAGCGGAGCAGCGGACCUGGAAAGAGUUACUGAUUAUGCCGAAGAAAAGGAAAUAUGCUCCGCAGAUUUUUCUGGGGCCAUGACCAUCAUUGGUGACAGGAGGAACAAAGAAGCUGCAGAAAAAAUGGCCAAAGAACGUGAACUGUUGAAAGUUUCCAUUAAGAAAGAAGACGUGGAUUUAAUUGUGCGGGAAAUGGAGAUUUCGAGAAGCAAAGCGGAGCGGACCCUGAGGGAGCACCACGGGAACAUUGUGGAUGCGCUGAUCUCUCUGACUGACUGAGUGCGUGCCGCUCCAGUGCGCGGACACCCGUUCCUGUGCUACGACAGACACUGCGGUGCCGUCGCACCGGCCAGGAGACAGACUUCCCGCCCGUCGUCGCUGCUGCUGGGGAGCCGCCCCACACAGAGCAGUUUUUUUCCUUGUUUGUACUUUGUCAAGUUUAAAUAAACAAUAAGUGUCAA